AUGGGGGUGAUCCUGAGGCUGAGCCAGGAUCCUCAAGUGUGGCACAAAGUCGACCAAGUAGCAACAACCACUCCAACUCUCGACCCCCCUCGAGAACCCGUCUGGACAUUCACUCAGUCAUCCCACCUAAAGAGACACCAGAGUGUACACACUGGAGAGAAGCCAUUCACCUGUUCAGUCUGUGAGAAGGGAUUCAUUCAAUCAUCUGACCUACAGAUACACCAGACAGUUCACACUGGGGAGAGGCCAUUCACCUGCUCAAUCUGUGGGAAGACAUUCAGUCAGUCAUCCUACCUACAAAGACACCAGCGAGUUCACACCGGGGAGAAGCCUUUCACCUGCUCAGAAUGUGGGAAGGGAUUCUCUCGAUCAUCCAACCUACAGAGUCACCAGCGAGUUCACACUGGAGAGAGGCCAUUCAGCUGCCCACACUGUGGGAAGGGAUUCUCUCUGGCAUGUCACCUACUGAGACACCAGACAGUUCACACUGGAGAGAGGCCAUUCACCUGCUCAGACUGUGGGAAGGGAUUCAGUCAGUCAUCAAACCUAAUGGCUCACCGACGAAUUCACACUGGGGAGAGUCCGUUCACCUGCUCAGACUGUGGGAAGGGAUUUACUUGCUCAGCCCAACUGAAGAUACACCAGUCAGUUCACACUGGGGAGAGGCCAUUCACCUGCUCAGUCUGUGGGAAAGGAUUCACUUGCUCAUCUCACCGACUGAGACAUCAGUCAGUUCACAAUGCUGAGAGGCAGUUCAGCUGCUCAGAAUGUGGGAAAGGAUUCACUCGGUCAUCUUCUUUAUUGGCACACCAGCGAGUUCACACUGGGGAGAGACCAUUCACCUGCUGUAAAUGUGGGAAGGGAUUCCGCCGAUCAACUCAUCUACAGAGACACCAGCGAGAUCACACUGGGUAGAGGCUGAUCACCUGCUCAGACAUUGGGAAGAAUUUCUCUAAGACAUCUCCGCCAAAUGUGCAUCAUUGAGUUCACACUGUGAAGAGGCCGUUCACCUGCUGUGAAUGUGGGAAGGGAUUCACUCAGUAAUCUAACCUUGUGACACACUACUGGGUUCACACUGGGGAGAAAGUUUCAGUAAGCUUCAUGCUGGAGAUUUGUCCGUCACCAUUGCUGAAUGCAAUUUCGAGAGUGACUAUCAGUGCUGAACUCUGCAAGUAUUGCUGCUGCCCACCACAUCCAGUUCUGCACACUGGUCACUGGGCAUGGGAGGAGUUUCUUCUGCUGCAUAUUCACCUUUAAUAGGACUGGAGUUUAAUAUUGUGGGUCUGAGACAAAUAAUUAGUUCUAUUUUAAACUCUGUCUCCAGUACUUAGUGAAUUUAUAACACAGCUAGUGUACAGUAGAGUCAACUCAGGCUGGUUGAACCCUGCCAGUGAUUCAGUUCUAUGACAGUCCUUUGAAAUCCUCCAAUUUCUGGGCUGAAGAGGAAUGGCAUUGGCA